UUCCCAGCGACGAAGCAAUGGAGCUCUGUCUGAAGUGAAGUCGUGGCAUGUUUCGACCACAUGGACCCUGUCUGCGUCGUCACGUGCCGUACGCGUAGCCUUAAUUGUCAGCGGCGCUUGCGAGGUGUUGUUUUUAUCAUGGUCUGAUUUAUCAUUUAGCUCAUUAUAGGUCAAAUUGAAUGUUUCAUAGUCUCUCGAACGCACGGGGAAAUGCCAUUGUAUCAGUAUGUUGGCAUCAUAAUUGGUUAGCUUGAUGUCACCUGAACUGGCUUAACUGCUUCUCCACUGCAGCGCAUUGACCAGUGGGAUUUGUUUCUGCUCACUUUGCGCUUCAACUCCGGAGAGUUUUAAAGCCAGAGGUUUCAAUACGUGCUCCAUCUUUAUUCGCGAUGGAUGGAGGAGCUUUCACUUCGGAAGAGAUAAGGUGGAUACAGUCGAGGAGACCAGCAGCACCAGUGGCCGCCGAAGGCAUUAGAGGUCUCUCUCGGCCAUUCAACACACCCUCCGGUUGUGGUGAUGGGAGAGACUUUUCCUCCCAGGAACUCUCAAGUCAGGGCCAACAACAUUCAAGGAUGGAACCGGCAAACGGGCCUGAGGCGACCUGUGACCCUAGGAUUACACACCAAGUCAAAGUGGUGCUGUGCGAUAUAAUCCAAAACUCCUUGUAUUGCAGUUGUAGAUCUGUGUCGCUACAUGAUCUUCAUUAUGUACGUUUCAAUGAUGAACCUGCUGAGUUCAUCCCAGAGUUCAAUGAUCACAGUAAGUGCAGAGAUUCUUGUCAGAGAGUGAAGCCGUACUUGUUUAAGGUGAGAACAUCUUGUGCACGCACGUGCAUGCCCUGGCCCUUUCAGAAGACCCCUUUGUCCACUGAUCGGUUAUCUAUGGAGCGUCUUUCUGCAUCACAAGUUGUACAGGACUGUUCUCAAAAUGAAAGUCCGUCUGUCAGCAAGCAAACCAACAGCUCUGUUCCAAAUGGAGCAAAAUCCUGCCAAGAUGCGGGUGAAAGCAAGGAUGGUGACCAAGACAUCAGUGAGGAAGUGAUCGGAUUAAACAAUGAUGAAACAGAGGGUUUACAGCUGCGAAAAAAGCAUUGCCAUAUUGAAGUGCCUCCCAUGUCUCUUGGAGACGCUCACACAUCAGAUCUUGACAAUGAAGAGCAAACAGGUUCGCCCAGAGAAGACGAACCACUGUCUGAAGCACUUGGCUGUGUUGGAAAUGAAGCUACCACUGGCUGUAAUGGUCACGCAUGUGUUUUGGACGAGGUGGCGGCAUAUGAGCAAGACAUUCUAAUCGUCAACGUAAUCCAAGAUGACUUGGAUCUAUUCGAUAAUGUUCCACACAGUGGUUUGAUUGAAAACAAUCCAGUUAGCGUUGGAAAGGGAUCGGCAAAACCCAUGUCUGUUACUGGCACACCGACAGAUUCAAGGUUGAGCAAGGAAAAUUGCAGCAACAGUUCUCCGAAAGUUUGUGUCAACAUCUGUCCUUGGAAACAACCCAAGCGCCAUGUGAACUCCUCACCUGCUGGAAGAUGUCUGAAUCAAAACAUGAUUUAUACUAAUUCAACUGAUGGGGGAUGCUUGCAAGGAGACCAGAGAAGAGUCCAGAUGAAGCAGAUUUCGCCUUCUCUCAGCAAACAGCAGGUGUCUGGUCCACAAACAUGUACAAAUUUACAUGCGAUGAACCCGACCAUGGUCCUGCAAGAGAAACAAUCGAAAUACUGCCGACUGUUCUUCAGUCAGUCACUGACCUGCAACCUCAAGACCUGUCGCUUCCCACACGUUCCCCUGAAUGGGGAUGAACAGUUUUGCAACGAAUCUAUAGAGCGCUUCACCCAAAAUCCAGGCUGUCUUCAAAAAGCAGGUGCUGUGUUCAGAAGCUACUACCAGAACAACGCUCCAGGAUUGAAUUUUUCAUCGAAGACGUUCAAGUCUCUCCUCUGGAGUCUGCUCAAAGAAGGCAUGGUGACUGAGAUACUCGCUGUUCUUGGGGUCAGCUCGGAACACAAAAUUGUGCCAGAACAUGCCUUCAUGCUGGCGCUGUUUACGUAUGUGAGAGAGAAGUGUCUCAGUAACGUGAUCCCUAACCUUAUGCAAAUCACAUUUAAGAUGGUCAAAGCAGGCCUGGUGCUGGAUUUGGAAUGCUUUAACUUCAUCAAAAACAUCCCAGACUUCCAGCAGAUGACUUCUGUGAACUCAAGUAUUUUGAUGUCUGGGAACCACAUGGCUCAAGCAGGCCAACAAGACUUGUUCGCUGUGACAUCCUCCAAUACACAGGCAACUCUUGGUUCGGGUUUUGCAGAUGACCUGGCCGCAGCUUCUACUAUUGUGGAGAUCGAGCUUUUCUCCAAGUUGGGAAAUUGGAAGCAACUGGGGGAGUUGUUUCGGUCAAUUUGCCACUCUCAUGCGAGUUGCAACAAACUGGAGACAAUCGGUGCUCGGAUUGCCAUGGUUCUCCUGUACGAUAGAAAGGAGCAGACAUCACUGCCGUUUGUCGACUUUGCCAAUGCAGUCUGUCAAAAUGAAGCUGAAACAUCUCCAGCUGUGUACUUCUUGGGCAGGAUUGGAAUCACCCUUAUGUUAAGAUACCAUAAACUACAGCAGUGGCAUAAGGGUCAGAGUGUGGUGGAGGUGAUGUCCCUGUCAAAGAUAAAAUACUCCAUGUUGAAAGGAUUAUUUCUCAACGAUAAUGGGGAGUCACGUUGCUCCCUGAUCACUGUGGCAGCCAAGCUCUUCCUCUUGAAUGGCAGUUUUGCCGGAGCACUGAGCACACUCAAAGAAAACAAAUGGUUUGUGACUUCACAUAUGUGGCCGUGCAGCUCUGAUGACCUGGAGAGUCGAUUUUAUAUGAUGAUCAAGCUCUCUGAGAAAAUCUCCUGCCGAGACAGACUGGAAGUCUUCUCGAACCUCCCUGGCAUCAAAGACCCAAUCGCGCUGGUCAACAUUUCCAAGUACACUCCAUUUUUCAUGACCCACUUGGACUUGUGCAUGGAGAAAAGGUUGCUGAUUGUGGCAUCGGACACUGUUGACUUCAUGUUGUCCAAGGGUCUGGUUGUGGAACAUGCGUCACUGCAGCGCCUUUUGUGCAAACUUGUGGAACAAAGCAAAUGGCUUCGAGCCAGACAAGUGUUCAAACAUUCUGUUAGUAUGGGUUACUACGCCAGUGCUUCUGCUAUCCCUGGUGUGAUGACACUCGUUGUCCCAUAUAACCUCCAGGAGGUGGAAUUUGCGCUCCUUUUUGAGAGGUUCAUCGCUGUAAACAGCUCUGUUCUGAUCAACCCUCCAGGGACGGACCUUACAUGUCUCACCAUAGUUCUUCAAAGGACUGUUAGCUCUGAGAGCGAAUAUCUUAAUGCCAGCAGUCGCCUUCUCUCUGCAGCAGGCCUUCUGAUUCCCAGAAUCAAUGUUCGCUACACAGAGGUCAAUUGGCUCCAGGAACAAGUGUUUGCACUUGACAUAGUCUCUGCUCGCGACUGGUUGCGCAGCAAUAAUCUGUGGACCAAAGAUUUGUGGUGUCAAUGAACUGCCACAGUUAUGAUUGUGAUAUAGAUGUUGAGACAUAAUGUACCAAAGAAUGUACAGUUUGUCUUAACAGUUUAUUUCCGAAGGUUUUCUCUCAAGUUUUCUGGGUGUUUCCUCUUUCUCUGCUAGAUUUUCUAUUAGCUAUUUUUGGAAUAUAAUUGUUUUUUCAAAACUGUGAAGAACUUUUUGUCCCAAUUUUUUUGUCCAUGUCCAGGCAUUUAUUAUUAAAAUAUGUUUAUUCACUGACUUAUCAUUCGAUCUUCAGUAGUCAUUUAAUUGGGUUUUUGGGAAAGAAAUACUACCAGAGCAAGGGGGGAAAAAAAGCCUUCAAUUUAUUCCCGUUCUGCCAGCCUCCUUGAGGCCCUUUGGAAUCCCAUUUCUUUGAUAGCGUAUAGUUUCAUGCUUUUGUUCGAGUGUUCAGUAGUCAUAGUAGUUUGUGUUUAAAUAUCUCAUAAAUAAUCACAACUAUUGAUGUUGCUGUAGGACGUAAGUUAAGUUUGAAAACAAGAUGAAUAGACAUGGGUGAAUACAUGUUCUUGCUACAUUGCAACAGGAAAAGUAAAUCUCCGUUUGUCUUUUGUGUUUGCUCUUUCUGGUGACAAAUAAAAA